UUUGUUUGCGCCGUACGCCCGGCCUAGUGUGAACGAUGAAGCCUCACUUACUGUUGCUAGCGGCUCUAUCUCUCUGUUGUCUACAAGGGGCUGACUGCUUUGGCUUUGGGCUAGGGGGGUUAGGGGUUGGAACCUUGGUAGACAAUGCUGAGACAUUGGGAAUCAAAUUGCCUGGAUAUGCAAGACUCCUUUCGGGUAGAUCAAGCUUCAUGACGAACCUGUUUCACUUUUUAUUUGGAGACAGGAUUGAAAGGAUGUUUAGAGGUGUGAUCGAGAACGACAGAAAACUUAUGGUUGAAACGAUACCAGUUGAAGAUAUUGGUGAAGAUAACGUAGAGCAAUUCGAAAUGUAUGGCAUUAAAUUUUCUGGACUGGACACCUUGGAAGUCACUCCGAAUACUCAUAUUAAUAUUUUUUGGACUCCUAAGGGUUUCCUAGGACUUCCAACUCCCAGCGCAAUGGUGUCUGUUACUUUCGCUGACCUACAAAUUAAAAUUGAUCAUAUGAGAACCAAAUACGGUGUGAUUGUUGUCGAUGGACCCGCUUCAAUUGGAGUUUCAAAAAACAACUUAAUACUCAAGUUAAAAAUUUGGCCAAAGAUCGGCGAGAGGUGUUACUUGAGGUUGUACGACGUGGAGGUCACCGACUUGGAAUUGCUAGAGAUUGAUUUGAGGAAAAUAUCUGAUAAUGGAAAGGUAGAAGACAACGCAAAUGGGGAGUAUUUCUCUAAGCGCUACUUUAUAAAGGAAGAGGGUCCGGCGGAAGAACAUCUCAAGGUGGCGGUCGUCAAUCAGCUGUACAGAUCAUUGCCGAAGGCAUCUAAAGCCAUCUGUGAUAACAACGAAAAUUUAAUGAUUUCCUCGUACUCCAGGAUAAAGAGAGAUGCUGAAAAGGAGAAAGCAGAGAAGUCGAAAGCAUAGUAAAUUUUUGGAAAUGUAAAAUUUAUUUACAAUGGAUUGUAGUUCAACUCCUAAUAAACAAUAUAUAUCUUAA